GCCCCAUUGCCAAUGGUGGUCCACUAGUCUGGACCGAGUCCGACGACUUCUUCGGUGCGCCGCCCGCCCUCCUCGUUACAUCGGCUCGCCGGCGACUGGUCCGGGCGGCACAGACCGGGAGAAGGAAGGCGCCGAAUCGGGAGGCUCUGGCCGGAGGGAUCCAUGUUUACGAACGCUCAGCGCCAGGUCGAGCGCACCGGCCGCUACGGCACUCCACGAGAUCAGUACCUUCAGGAUCUCGUGACCCAGUUCCAGAACUCCACGGAUGAAGAAUCCAAGGAGAAAGUAGUUGCAAACUUGGCAAAUUUCGCGUAUGACCCUUUUAACUAUGCCUUUAUGCGUCAGCUGAAUGUUCUUGAGCUAUUCUUGGACUGCAUCACAGAGCCGAAUGAAAGGCUUGUUGAGUUCGGCGUUGGUGGAAUCUGUAAUUCAUGUGUUGAUCCUGCAAAUGCUUCAGUCAUUAUUCAGUGCGGUGGCAUCCCAUUGAUUCUACAAUGCUUAUCAAGCCCAGUGAGGAAUACUGUGACUUAUGCACUUGGGGCUUUGUAUUAUUUAUGCAACCCUUCAACAAAGAAAGAGAUCCUGAAACCAGAUGUAGUUCGGAUUAUAAGAGAGUAUGCUGCAGCUGGAGCUGUUAACACCAGCUUCAGCAAUCUGGCUAAUGCUUUCCUGGAGAAGCAUGUUGGUUCGUGACCUACACUGAGAAUUUUAGAAUGGUGCGAUGUAAAAGUGUCAUAAUGUAAUAUACACGGGAAUGAGCAUUCUAAAAGACGGAGGAAAAUUGAUGCUUAUUCAAGCAGCCACUUGUUUCUUGAUGAGAGAACAUGCCCCGGGAUAGGCUGAAGAGAGAAUUCUUCCGCACCUCAGCAAGAACGGUGUCCUAGUUCUCAAAAUUCAGAAGUUACAUUAUCACAGUUUAGUCAUCUGUGGAAAUGAUGUGCAUGUUACCAGCCGUCUUGCUGCUCUUGUUCUUGGGUUGUUGGCGUGUCACCCAUGCUUGCUUAGCAACGUGUAGUGAAACUUCAGUAAGCAAUGUCUAACAGCAGCUGCUAAGACUUGAUAGGAUGGCACAUGGUGAUCUCUUUUAAGUGAGGUGUUGUUGUACCAGGGGAGCUUCUUUCUUCCCUCACAAUUUUGCAUACGACUAUGUAAACUUAGUACUAUUGUUUUUCUUAUGAUCCUGUUGCUCAUGCUUUAAGUAUGCCUAAUAUAUAUAUUUUUUUGCAUGGAA